AUGCGUUGGUUCUUCACGAAGUUGAGAGAAGUAAUUGGGAACAUCGAGAACCUUGCAUUUGUGACUGACCGGGGGCAGUCAAUAAUAAAUGGUAUAGCCGAAGUUUUUCCAGAAGCACAUCAUGGUUAUUGCAUGUACCACAUUCAAGGCAAUCUGAAGACUAGGUACCGGGGCAGUGGCAUCGUUGCAUUGUUUAGGAGAGCUGCAGAAGCUUAUAGCUUUGAAGAGUUUACAAAGUUCAUGGGUGAAAUAGAACAUAAAUCAGAAGGUGCAUGGGAAUAUCUAUUAGAAAUGGGGGUCGAACAUUGGGCACGGUCACAUUUUCCAGGACGUCGAUACAACAUGAUGACGUCGAAUAAUGCAGAGUCGCUGAAUGUAUUAUUCAAGAAGGAUCGAGAUGUGCUAGCUCCGGCACAGGAAGAUCGACUAUUCAAAACUCUGGAAGUGGCAAAAGAUCUAUUUGUGGAACCACUAGAUCAAUUUCGCUUCUCCGUGAGAUGCGGGCGCAAUGUUGGAUACAUUGUAGACUUGAAUGACAAUACCUGCACGUGCAGAAAAUUUCAGUUGGAAAGUUUUCCAUGUGCACAUGCUGUCGCAGUGGCUAUGUAUAGAGGAUUUCCACCACACAGCUUGUGCAGUCAUUAUUAUAUGACUGAUUUUUGGAGAGCAGCGUAUGCCGAAACUAUAUUUCCUCUACCAAAUGAAGUCGAAUGGGAAGUUCCUGAUUAUAUUGUAGCACUUAAUAAUCUGUCGUCACCUGAAGCUCCACCGCGUACUCCUGGUCGUAGACGGACAUCUAGAAUACCAUCUACAGGAGAGUUUCCACAACCGCGUACGUGCGGGAGGUGCGGCGCUACAGGACAUACACGUCGAUUUUGUACAAGCCAGAUCCCACUAAACAAUGACUCGACGGAUGUGUAG